GGGUAGCCUGGAGCGGCCGGUGUGGUGCUGACAGAGUGAGAUAGAGAGUGAGACAGAGGGAGUGAGGGCUAGCCGGCUGAAAUUUAGCUGCUUUUUAACACUUCCGCGUCCGGUUUAAUACUUCAACGUUUCAAAAGCGUGUGGUGUUAAAAUGAUGCGGCGAUCAAGAAUCAGCGUUAAACCUAACUUCAGGCCUGGAAAUCGGACUGGUACACAGGGGGAGCAGGCCUCCCAGGGGGCGAGCGAAGUAGGUGACCCCUUGCCAGCAGUUGAGGAUGUAGAAGUGGUGAGAGCAGCACCGUCUCACCAGCAAAACGCAGCGCUUAAAGAGCCUUCUGAAGAUGUGGGUAUUAAAGAUGCCCCUGAAAUGCCUUCAAAGGUGAACCAAAAUGAUGGAGCACCCUCUAGUGGAGCUACCACUUCAUCUGCAGCCCCACAUAGAAGAAUGAGGAUCUCCGCUACUCCGAAACUUGUCGGGCCAAAACUUACUUCCACAUCUCGAACUCGACCGGCUGCCAGUAUGCCUAGCUCGACCCCAUCACCCUUACCCAAUGAGGAACAUGUCCAGAUCCACGAUUCAGCUUCAGAAGCUCAGGCUUCUGUCUCAGUAAUCUCUAACGAUCUCCCUGAAUCAGGGACGCCUAGAAACUCGACAUCUCUUACAAAACUGCCCGCACAGUCUUCCACAACGACUCGAUCGGCAUCUCCAUGUGUUCCUUCCACCUCUGGUCUUCGAAAGUCUCCGGCCCGUGGGGAAAAAUCAGUGGAGGAUUCUCCACCAUCUCCACAGCCUGGUCAAGUUCCUCAGCAACCACCACAAGAACCAGAACCCCCUGAAUGUCCAUCUUCAUCUGAUCUGUCUUCAGCUUGCAUCAAGCCUUCCCAUUAUGAUAAGGCGGGUUCUUCUGAGGCGGUUGAAAAAUCCUCAGACAUAGACAGGAUAUUAAGGGCUCUUAAAUUGAAGGAACUGAUGAAGAUUGAACGGAGAAAAGAUAUUCAGAUGGUGAGGAGAAGGGCCGGUCAUAAAGAGUACACAGCCUUGGACCGCAGUAAGAUGACCAUGAGGGACCUUAUCUAUUAUUUACCCAAUACCAGCCCUAUGAGGUCUUGUGACGCGCUUGACGAGAACCAAGCUGAGACCAUUAUUCCACCUUCACCCAAGCAACAAAUAAAAACAGCCGAGAGGGAUGAAGAAGAAGAAGAAGAGGUGUCUGAAAAUGAAGAAUUGCUGGUGCCGAAGGUGAGAGUGGCAGAGGACGGCUCACUUAUACUGGAUGAGGAAAGUUUGACAGUGCGAGUACAAAGGACCUCGAACAUCAAAGUGGUGGAGAACUCGACCACCUUGUUUGAGCGGGGCUCUACUACAACUUACUCCAGCUUCAGAACGCUAAACCAUGUGAAGAACUGGUCUGUCAGAGAGACAGACUUGUUCUUCUUGGCCAUUAGCAUGGUGGGGACGGAUUUCACUUUGGUUGGCCAGCUGUUAACCCACCGUAGCCGUAGAGCAAUUAAGAACAAAUUUAAGAAGGAGGAGAAAAUCAACGCAUGGAGAGUAGACAAAGCUUUGAGAAACAAGCGACCCUAUGAUAAAGAGUUCUUUAGCUAUUUGCUGGAGAAGGUUUUGGCAAAAGAUAAAGACAAAAGAAAAUCUGUCAAACUGAUACUGCCAAAAACCAGGAAACCAAGGAAAUCCAAAGGAAAACGAUCAGAUGAAACAUGUGUUAUUGAUGAUGAUGAUGAUGAUGAUGAUGACGUCUUCCACAUGGAUGAUCAUGAAGACUUUGAGGAUGAUGGGGAUGUCAAUGUAGAAAAAGAAAAUGAAGAUGUGUCUAAUGUAAAAGAAACGGAUUCCUCUGUCCCUGCUAAAAAGAGGCACAAACGCACAAGAGAUGUUGGCAAGGAUAAGGACAACUCGAAUGAGGACCAAGUCAAAAGAAAAAAGCAAAGAAAAUCUAGCAAGAAAAGAGCUAGAGAGGUGCACUCUAAGGAUGAUACUGAAGGUGAAAGCGACCUCAACGUCAAGGGUGACACUAUAAAUGGAAAUAACGAGGAUGAACUUGAAAGAAGUACUUCAGCCUCGAAAAGAAGGCGCAAGUGCACAAAGAGCGACGAAGAGCAACAAAAGACAAUUAAAGGAAAAAAGGGCAAGCAACUCAAGAAAUCAUGCAAAGUUGACCAUGAAGAGUCUGUUGGUGAACAUGAAGAAAGCAGCACUGUGGAUGUGGAUGGCUCUGCCACUAAAAAGAAACGAAAACGAGCCAAAACCAGUGAUUUGGAUGGAGAUGAGCCAGCCAAGGGGAAAAGGAACACCAAGAGAAAAAAGGCACUGAAAAGUACAGAAGAAGAGGAAAGAACUGCAGAAGAAGGAGAAGCUUCAGAUUUACAGUUAAAUGCUCCAGUCACAGCUGAAAUAGCAGAUAAUGUUCCAGCAAAAGCUACCAGGCGAAGUAAGAAGCCUUUGCCUAACCUGGCUACAACACGACGCAAGAAAAGCAAUGAACCAGAAGUUUCUGCUGAAGUUGAAAGGGAGAGUCAAGAUGAGAAUAACCAUGAAUCCAUUCUGACGGCGGCAGGAAGUCCUUUGGAGGAUGAGAGGCUCCAGAUGCAUGCGGUGGUUGUGUUGGAAAAGACCCCCCCAAGGCAACAAAAUUUACUCGCCCCUUCAAAAGUCCAGUGCAAAAAUAAUGAAUUAGAGCCCUCAACGAGCUCUCCUGCUUCUUCAUCUAGCAGUGAGAGCUCUUCUACUCAGUGGACAAGAAUGCAAAGAGCGGGAAGAGCAAAGCGCGAUCUGUCUACUAGUGUGAAGACGGGAAGUAGAAAAGGCACAAUGGAUCAGGAUGAGGCUCAUCCCGAGAGCCCAACAGUUCUAUUAGAGAGGAUCAUUCAGGAAUCUGAAGAAGAAGAGGAUGACAACUCCUUGAAUGAGAACCUGAUUGACUUGUCAUGCCUACAUGAUAUAAAUAGUCAGACGUUUCAAAGAAGGCCAAUGGUGAUGUUAUCUCAUGAAGAGGUGGAUAUGAUCCUCGAUGCUUCAGACCAAAGUGCUGAUGAGGAGCCAUCAGUGAGUCCUCUGGAUUUAUCAUUAAACACAGAGCUUUCUUUUCCACUGCAAUGCAGCAAGCUCUUGGAAGAAGCUGAUUGUGCAUUUGAGGAACAUGAGGAAAGAACAAAUGAGAGCGCUUCUUGUGAGGAAAGGACUGUCGAAGAACUGGAGCUAAGAGAGUCUGCAUUGGCACAGCUUGAUAUCUCAAACAUCAGGGACAUUUCUACCUCCUUAAAACCAGAGGUGUGCAUUCAACCAGAAGUAGGCCUAAGCAAGGUAACAACCUCAUGCCCAAUGGAGGAGGCUGAACCACAGGCUGAACCACAGGCUGAACCACAGGCUGAACCACAGGCUGAACCACAGGCUGAACCACAGGCUGAACCACAGGCUGAACCACAGGCUGAACGUGAACCUGAGGCUGAACCUGAGGCUGAACCUGAGGCUGAACCUGAGGCUGAACCUGAGGCUGAACCUGAGGCUGAACCACAGGCUGAACCACAGGCUGAACCACAGGCUGAACCACAGGCUGAACCAGAACCUGAGGCUGAACCUGAGGCUGAACCUGAGGCUGAACCUGAGGCUGAACCUGAGGCUGAACCUGAGACUGAACCACAGGCUGAACCACAGGCUGAACCACAGGCUGAACCACAGGCUGAACCACAGGCUGAACCACAGGCUGAACCACAGGCUGAACCUGAACCUGAACCUGAACCUGAGGCUGAACCACAGGCUGAACCACAGGCUGAACCACAGGCUGAACCAGAACCACAGGCUGAACCUGAACCUGAGGCUGAACCUGAACCUGAGGCUGAACCUGAGGCUGAACCUGAACCUGAGGCUGAACCUGAACCUGAACCUGAGGCUGAACCAGAACCUGAGGCUGAACCACAGGCUGAACCACAGGCUGAACCACAGGCUGAACCACAGGCUGAACCACAGGCUGAACCUGAACCUGAGGCUGAAUCUGAACCUGAGGCUGAACCUGAGGCUGAACCACAGGCUGAACCACAGGCUGAACCACAGGCUGAACCACAGGCUUGCAAAGGUGUGACAGCAGUAGCAAAAGUGCUUGAAGGUUCUCCACCUCUGGUUGUUCUGGAUAAUGUAGAUCCUAUCUGCAUGAAACCAGAUUCACCCAUGACCCAACAAACAGUCACCACUGAAACCACUACACUUGCUAGUUCAGUGGUACUCUCGGAUGUCAUGGAGGAAUCUGAGAAAUCUAUGCUGCCAACCUUACUCAAAGAACCUGCACUGGAUUCCUCUGAAAUCACAGCGCAAUCGAAGCUGACACCAACAGGAAGCGGUUUGGGAUCACAGAUGUCUCUGCAGACAACUCCAGCAGUGGCAGGGGAAUUGCAGACGUCUCUGGCAGGGCCUUUGCAAACUUUGGAGACGUUGCAUGAUUCAUCAGAAAGUAAAGAGGAUACACAGGAAUCUGCCAUGGCGAGUUCAGAAAUAAAAUUGAGACUACAAGGCUCUGCAGAGGUCAAGGAGGACUCUCAGGAAGAGGUGUCUGUUCAAUCCAGCAGUGCCUCCAUUUCGUCUGAACAUGGCAUCAGACCACCAAGGAGGAGCAAAUUCCUGAAGCCUAAACCUAACCUGAAUCAGAAAUCAAGAGCCCCAGUUCUCCAAAACCAAAGACAAGACCUCAAAACACCCAGUACUCUAAAACCCAAGAGCAGCAAGCCUACGGUCUCAACUGUGAAGCUACAUGAUAGUCCUGCUACAGACCAGCAUGGUGCAUUAGAAGACUUCAUUAAGGAGAACCUCACCAAAGAAGAGGAGACAUCUCGGUCAAAUGCAGUGAAUCAAAUGGAAUCUGAAUCAACAAAAGAUCUCGGUGAUCCAUCUACAGUACCAGUUCAGGAGAACAUCACUACUGUAACUCUGAGUGCAGCCAGUGCUGAUGAGCCUCAGGUGGCUUCAGAAUGUAGUAGCAGCAGAUGUGAUGUUGACAUGAUACCACCUUGUACUUCAUUCACUUUACCACAGCCUUCACAGACCGGAGAAGAUACAGGCACAGGGCCGAUGAUCGUUCUUUCUGAGGAUGCCUGUGCCCCUGCAGAAAUUGUCCACUUACGCGAAGAUGGUCACAGUGAUGAAGAGCCCACCUUUAUCUUGACUUUCUAUGAGAUUCCCAUCACUCAGGCCUACCUUCCUUCAUCCAGUAACGACUCUGCGAUGACACCUGAUCUUCCCACCGUUGAAACCCAGGUUUCUCUAGGGUUUUCAGACCAGGCACAUCUUUUACCAUCUACAUCAGAGUCGUCCAGCAUCACAGCAGUACCUCAAGACCCAGAGGACACUGAGCAGUGUGAGAGGGCUUCUCAUUUGGUGCUGGCUGAUGUCUUUGUUCCUGUCUCAGAGGAGACGGGAGACGAUUCAAGCCAGGACAGUACGAUGGCUGUAGAACUCAAGCUUCACAGCAAGGAAGCCUCAACAGUUAGUCUUCCAGAGAGACGAGAUACUCCUUAUGAAGAGCUAACACAGGUAGAAAAUACUCCAGCAGUGUCCAACCCACUAUUAUGUUCUGACUCUACAGAGGAGUCAAAAGAUACACCUUUAUCAGAGGAGAAAAAAGCACCUACUAGAAGACAGAGACAAACCAAACCACAACCUAAACUGGUAAAAAGGGCACGAGCUAAAGAUGAUUCCUCAAUAACUGAUCAGCUUGUAAAGGAGCCGAGUCAGCCGACCUCUUCACACGUCGUCUUACCAGCCUCUCAUGAGGAAAUCCUGGCAGGAAUUUCAAAUACUACUGAUGAGAAGCCAGUAGACAGAAUGUCAUCUAUAAGAGGAUACAAAACCCCUGUUAGUAGAGGUAAGGAAGUAAAGCACACUGAUCCAAAACCCAUCUCCACUGCGCUUCACCUAUCCAAAGAACUUAAGCUUGAAGAGGAAAAGAGUGAAAAUGUAACAGGAGAUACUACAAUUAAAGAUGAUAUGGAGUCAUCUAUAGAGGACAAGGAAUCGUCAGUAUUGACAUCCAGUGAAGGAGCAAAUGAGCAGCCAAGCUGUGAGGACAUGUGUUCUAGUGUGAAGACUUCAGGUUCUGGCUCUUCGACUGUGGACUCUGAGGAAACUGUGGCAGAAACUCCAGGUGUUUCUCGCAUGGUGUUAAGUGAUGUCUUUGUUCUUGUCUCAGAUGAGAUAGAAGAUGACUUAAGCAAUAACUUGAGAGUAUCUCUAGAAAGCAGUCCACAAAGAGUCGGUCUUCCAAUGAAGUCUGAUAUUCACUUUCAAAAGGAAUUAAAAACCGAAGAUGUGUCCCAAACAUUGAUUGAAGAGUCGACACAGAAUCAGUCACCAUUAGUGGCCGUUAAAACACCUGUCAGAACGAGAGCACCAGGCAAGAGUCAGCCAACCUCUCCACAAGCCACACCAUCAUCACAGCGAACUACCCAACCUCAGAAUGAGAAUAUGGUGCUACUUGAAGACAAGUUAUUGAGAAGGCAUCACAUCAUGCCAUGCACUAUUAGACUCUCAAGUAUUGACACUGUAGCCCAGAGUCUCAAUGCUCCUCAGCUUGGAGAUAGGAAGAGCAACGAUGAGUCAACAGUGAUGAGCUCACCAGCAUGCUGCGCAAGUGUAAAGACUCUAUCAGAGGAGUCGAGGACACCAUCGCUAUUUGAGGAGAUGGGAUUGGAAGAACCAGAUUUAGAAAAGAAAUCCCCUACAAGAAAGAAAGGCAAGAAAAAUGAAUCCUCGCUAGGUACAAAGCGUGGUCGUUUAAAACCAGUUCAAACCGUUUCACAAACUCGGCAGCUAACCAUAACAGACUGGACAAAGAAAAAGUCACAUCAGACUGCGACAAACCAGGAAGAACAAGAACCCGUGAAGUCUUCCCAAAUGCAGUCAAGCUUAAAAGCCAAAGAAUUGCAUGAACUCAUGGUUGAGAAGACAGGUUCAAAACCGCAACAUACAGAUUCAGAGGAACCUGAGGGUUCUCACUUAGUACCUGCCUCGGAGGAGACUGAAGAAGAGAGCAGCGUCUCUAAAGAGGUGAAAAUGUCAUCAGAAGUGGUCAAGGGAUCAACUGUAGACCCAUCUGUAUCACAGGUGAAGAAAUCACCUGUUAGACGGCGAGCCAAACUACAGGUGAAACCUAUACUGUCAAAAAGGGCAUGUACCAAAAGUCAAGGUAAUACUUCAACAACCAAUCAGCCACAGCCAACACAGUUCACCUCACCAAUAAGCCAGCAUGGCCGAGCAGCUAGAGAGAAGGAAGAGUCCGACAACAAAACUGAGCAACCUGUAAAAGCGGUUUCUAAUAUGUCCAGUAUGGAAGCAAACUCGAAGAGCACAGAAAGCUCGUCGACAACAAGUGGUCCCCAGUCUCCCAAGUCCCAAGACACUUGGCCGAGGGUUGUUCUGCCACGUGUAAAGUUAUGGACUGGAGAAGCAGCUGUCUGCUCAGCCUCAUCCAUGCCUACAUCCUCUCCAGCCAGUUUCUCACAAAGCGCAUCUCCACCAGUGACUCCUCCACAGCUGAAGAAUUCUCCUACACAAAGCAGCUCCCCCACAGCCAGUGAGAAUCCUGAUGAUGAUGACCCAUCCAGAGUAUCCCAGUUCUUCAUCAGUAAUAUCUUCACGGAUGUAGAGGAUACAGAAUGAGUGAUUUACUUAACCAGAGAUUCUUAGCGAUCUUGCCAGUGCUGCUAUAUAAUUUGAUACCUCUGAAGAAGAGUUACCAAAGCAAGCUUUUAAAUCAGGCUGGUUUAUCUCAACACUCAUGUUAUGUUUUCAUUUAGCUCUAAAAGUGCUGCAACACAAUGUUUUGAGACAUUCUACUUGUUCUAGAACUUGUUGUUUUGUUCAAGCAAAUGUAGCUGAUGUUUACUUCAGGGCAAUUUGCCAAAUAAAAAAAAAAGUUUUAUUUAUUUUACAUUUUAUUCUGAAUUACUUGAAUUUUCUUUCCUUCACGUUGCGAGUGCCUACCUCAGUAACAAAUUAUAUCCUACUCACUCAGCGCACUGUACUAGGCAAUAUAAUUUAUGAUGAUGAUGAUAUAAAUACAUAUCGUGCAUCUUUUCUGGAAGUGGAUUAUUUACUGCCUUGUUUAUUAUUUAGAAUUAAACAUAUGGAUGUCUGUGUGUGAUUCUUGACUCAAAUUUUAUUGAAGUCAAUGGUGUUUUGUGAAUGAGUAUGUUUUUGUUACUUUUUUUUAUUUACUUUUUUUAAAAUUUAUUUUAUUUUUACCACUCCUGAAUUAAAGAACUUGAACAUGCAUGUUUUUUUUAUUUUGCAUAGAAUGCUUGUUUAUUAUGUAAGGCAUUAAUCGUGACAGAUGUACUGUGAUCAAUGACAGAGUGGUUUGAUGUGAUACAAGGUAAGCGGAGGACUGUUAUUUCCUUGUGUGUGAUAUUCAUGACACAAGUCAACUUCAAUGGGAAAAUAUAUAUUACAGUUGCAUUGGCAUGUCAGAUUUAAAUAAUAUUGAAUUUAACAUUUGCAUAUGAAAACAUUGUAAAGACAAAUCAAUAAAUAAAAUCUCAAGUAUUCCAGA